AUGUCUGAAAAUAUAAUCAUGGCUCAAGAGCCCACUCCGCCAUCUACCUCCUUUGGUGAGCGGCGUGGGCAUCGACUCGCGCCGCUAAAUACAAACUUUGCCCCAGUUGCACCCGCCUCUAAACAGCCCCAGUCACGAUCACGCCCUCGUCCAUCCGAAUAUCCCACUACCAAUGGCUCGGAGGGGCCGGUCCCGCUCCAGAGCCCGGUGCGCCGUCAAUCAUCCAAAUCUUCCCUGCGCAAUUUGUUCAGUCGCGACAAGUCGCGUGCCGCGGUGGCCCCAGAUACCAAGUUGACCGAGAUCGAGGAAAUCCAACCACCCCCAGUGCCAGAACCAGAGGCAUUGCUAUCCCCGGAUCUCAUGAGCCCCCAUACCGCUUCAACUCCGACAACGCUCACUUCCCCGACAACUCCUCGAGCCCGGACCACAUUGAAAACGCCUCGACCGCGGCCUGCAGAGACGAAUCCGCCCCCGCGAGAGCAAUAUGGAUGGAAGCCACCACCCUUAUUCCAAGCCUAUCCGCAAUCCAUCAAGCAUGAAUCUCUAUCGGCGCCAGCCAUGUCGGCAGAUUCAAUCUUGCGCCUGCAGGCGACAACCGGGAAGAACGCUGCAACGGAGGAUGCUAGGAACCAACUGGGGCAAGAAGAUAGUAAGAAGAAGGAAGAAAAGGAACGGAAACAUCUGCGGACGCUGUCUGGGACGAUCAACAAAGUUGAGUGGAACAACAAGAUCUAUGUGCUGGCCACCGCCGGGUUUAUUCUCCAAUAUACCGGCGAAGGGAAACACGAUCGCUUGCCUGAAAAGAUGCUGCAAUUGGGCCCCAAGUCGGUGGCAUUUGCGAGUGACGCGAUUCCUGGAAAGCAUUGGGUUGUUCAGGUCUCUCAGAACCCAGAUGCCGAUUCUAUCCCCGAUACAGAGCCCUCGAAGCCGAAACUCUCCUCACGUUUUGGCUUUCAUCGGUCCAAUGCGCGUCGUUUGGCGCGUAGCUUUCUCUUGGUGUUUGAUAACCCGGACUCAAUGAUUGCCUGGCUGAUAGCCCUUCGUGCUGAGAUUGAGUCCCGCGGGGGACCCAAGUUCACCAUGGAAAAGCACUCAGAUGAUGAUGCGGAGGCUCCCCAACUUCGCUCCAAGUCAAGCGUUCGUCAAAUGGUGAAAAAGGAUCCCCAUCGGAUCUCAAGCUUAUUCCUGCAACCGCAGACCAUGCGUUCCCCUGAAGAAGAUGACGACGGGGAUUCGGUUGGUGGCAUGACCUGGCAGUCACGGCGAAGUUCAUACGUUUCUGUCAGUCGAUCGGUGGUGAACUCGAGGGCAGGAUCAGCUUCCACAGGUCGAACGGAGUCGACUGGUCCAACAAACGGAAAUCCAUCUGAAGGCCCCUUAUCGCAUACCUCGAUGAGUCCCCCUGUGCAACCGCCCCAGUCACCUCAAAUGGGUCCUGGUGCCGCGGUCUUGGAGGAACUGAUGAGGCCCGAGGUUGAUCCUCUAUACACCCGCAGCCCACCAACCUCCAGCCAAGGGAAACGGCAAUCACUAUAUGGGUCCCCCAAGGCCACGCCAAUUCCGGUGGUCAGUCACCCCGAACCACCUCAGUCCAAUUAUAGUCAAUCCAGCAUUGCCGAAACUCUGGUUCGAAGUGCCUCGCCUCCUGCUCCCAAUUUUAGCGUGCCUUCCUUCAGCAAGAAGUUUGCGUCGAGGCAAGGUAGUACCUCCAUCUCUCAGGGCAGUUUCAAUUCUCCUCCAGUGUCUGUCGCAGGGGUUCUGCACCGAGGUGAGAGUACAGGCGAUUUUAGUAUCUCCAGCGUCUCCUCACCCCCACAGUCCCCAACUUAUAGCGUUGCAAGCUCGCGCCAUACAGACUAUUCCGAGCCAGCAUACAUGUCCCGAGAUGGCACUCGACGUACCUUGCGCACAUCCAAUUCAGAGGACGCUCUUUCCAGAGUUAUUCGUCAGACUCCGCCAGAUCACAUCAAUGGCAAUGCUUUCGCCCGCAUGGCCCGACAAACAGCUUCUUCCGAUGCCAGUCCCCCUUCAUCUCGACCUCUCAGCUUGGUCGGUCGACCUGGUCUGGGUAUCCAUAUGGUCAGUGAGUCGGAUGUGCUGAGUAUACCUCCAAUCGAACCAACUCCACGAAACCGCGUGUCGACCGUGCAAUCCGAUCAUCAAAACAUGUCCCGUCGGAAGAGCAUGCCCGGCCUCACCCUAGGUCCUCCUGCUGCACCUCCACCCAACUGUCCCCUCCCUAAAAUCCCUUCUUCCAUUGCUGCGCAGGCGCUGCCUUCUUGGUCAACUACUCCCCCUGUCGACCGGUUUUAUCAAUCUCAACAAAUACGUGAUCAGCUGCUAGAUAAACGGAAAAAUGGUUUCCCACCAAGUGUUCCGGCACAGACUGCGCAAACUGGCUCGAGAGCCCGGCAGUCCAGAAUGAUUUGA